CGGCCACCAAGUUGUUGUACCCUCCUUGUCUACAGAAGAUGUAGCUAGCUAGGUAGUAUAUAUGCCCGAUAGAUGCCUAGCUCUCUCACAACAUCUGUAUCAUUCAAGCUAAGACUCGUACAAUAUAUAAUAUCCUUCAAUUCUUAACUACAGACCAGUCGAACAAACAUAUUUCUUUCUAUAUAUAGAUAGUGAGAGAGAGAGUACUGAAGAAGCUAGGCUAAGAUAUAUUGUUCUGUUAGACUUUCUAUUUUUAGUAAGUGCUCGAGGAAUAUGACGAUGGGAGGAGAUAAGAAGGCAUACUUGGUUGUGGUGGUGAUACAGGCCAUAUAUGCAGGCAUGUUCUUGAUCUCCAAGGUUGCGUUCGAUGAUGGCAUGAACACCUCUAUCUUUGUGUUCUACAGACAGGCCAUCGCCACUCUCAUCUUAGCUCCCAUCGCCUUCAUUGUUGAAUGGAAGACUGCAUCCCAUCUGUCGCUAAGAACUUCCAUUACGAUAUUUAUGGCCUCUUUGUGUGGGAUUACUGCGAGUUUGAACAUCUAUGGCGUAGCUGUGAAGUAUACUUCAGCAACAUUAGCAGCUGCCACUACUAACAGCCUCCCAGUGGUGACUUUCGUCCUUGCCCUUUUUUUAAGGUUGGAAACGGUGAACCUUAGAUCUGUUGGCGGGCUAGCAAAGGUAUUGGGAGUAGCUCUAUGCACGGGAGGGGCUGCAACCAUCGCCUUCUACAACGGCCCUACCUUAAAGUUACUCCUGCAUCACCACCUUAUCAGCCACCAUGACCAACAACAUCAACAAAAUGCAUCUUCUGGCAACACAUGGGUCAAGGGUGUCUUUCUUAUGCUCCUAGCUAACGCUUGUUGGAGCUUAUGGAUUAUCAUACAGGGUAGUAUUGUGGAUGCGUAUCCUUGCAAGCUUCUAAGCACAGCUCUUCAAUGCGGUUUAAGUACCAUCCAAUCAUUUGUGGUAGCCAUUGCGGUGGAGAGAAAUCCAGUGGAGUGGCAGCUUGGAUGGAAUAUCAAACUUAUGUCAAUUAUUUAUUGUGGAGUGGUUGUGACAGGAUUAACAUUUUAUUUGCAAGCGUGGGUAGUUGAGAAGAAAGGUGCACUUUUCCUGGCCAUGACUACACCUUUGUCUUUGCUUAUCACCAUAGCCAUUUCAGCUGUCCUUUUGGGAGAGAUUGUGAGUUUGGGAAGCAUACUGGGAGGAGUUUUGCUGGUCGGAGGACUAUAUAGUGUUCUGUGGGGAAAGGCUGAGGAGCAUAAAUUGAAAGCGGCCACAAGGAUUGACGUAGAGAACGUUGACGAGUCGGCCAAAAAUGAGGAGCAUAAAUUGGGAGUGGUCACAAAGGUUGACAUUGAGAAUGAGGAGGACAAUAACAAUGGUGGCAUGGAAACUAAAAAUUCCGCCCAAUCAAAAUAACUUAAUAAACCAUGCAAAUUCUUGAGUGUGCUUGGCCCAUAGACGGAUGCUAUGUGCCUUUAUUUGUUCUCUUAUUUCAAUAGUAUAAUAAUAAUUAUCUCUAAUUAUUUUCUCCAUUCUAUUGUCAAAACAUCGGUUGAGUAAUAAUUAAAAUCGAUUGUGAGCAUUAAAUAUAUAAAGUGGUAAUUCAAAAACCAAAUAGCAAAAA